GCAUUAAACCAUCAGAGCCUUGAGAUGAAACACACUUUGUUCUGCUUCAUCUUCCUCACAGCACUUCAGGAUGGAAACACUGGUUUGGUCAAUGCAGAAAUUCUCACCAGUAGAGCAGUGGAAGGAGGAAACAUCACAGUUGGAUGCAGGUUUUAUUUCUCUGGAGAGAGGAAGCUGUUCUGUAAGGAAAAAUGUGAAGAUGGAGGCAUUCUUGUAGAAACAUCUGCUGAUGCAGCUCAGAGCGGCAGAUACAACAUCAGAUAUGAAAAAAACUCAGACAUUAGAUCAGAUCACAUUCUGUAUGUGAGCAUCACACAGCUGAAAAAGUCUGACUCAGGAUGGUACAGGUGCUCUUUGGACAGAAGUUGGAGGCCAGAUUCAAACUUUGAUUUUGAGAUCAUUGUCACAGAAGCUCCAACCACUAAAACACCAACCGUGACUCUGAGACCUUUUUCAGCUUCAGGAUUUCUCUCUCCAGCCUCCACACCACCACCAACACUGAGUGGAAGCUCAGGUUCAGGAAGCUCCACACCUCCAUCAGCCUCCGCUGGACGUUCAGACAUGCUGCUGUAUGUGGGUCUGACUCUGCUCGUUAUGAUCAGCGUCAAUUUAGCAGCUUUGCUGAUUUUCUACAAGAAGAGAAGGACCACUAAACCCAGAGGACCUCCUGUGGAAACUGAGUCUGCAGACAGAGAGGACAACAGGUUGUAUGAAGAGAUCAGAGAGUGUGACAUACCAAGCCGUUCACCUCCUGUUGAAGUGUCUUCAGUUUACGCCACGGCCAAAGACCCAAAACCAGGUGGAGGUGAAAGCAUGAGCCUCUACAGCCUCGUCACCUCUCCUCAGAACAAAGUUGAAGAAAACUCAGGUGAUCUCAGUCACUCUGAGGUGGAUUUUUCCCACAUUCCUGCCACCUGCAGCGCCCCCUGUGAUAAUGCAACUGAUGUCAUCUACUCCGUGGCUCAGGUGGACCACAGCAGAGCGGCUUCACCUCCUCUGUACUCUACUGUUACCUCAGCAUGAAUCACAUCAGUACUUAACCUUCACUCUCAGAGGCAAAAAGCUCAAUACAAAUGAUACAAAAGCUUAUUUUUCUGUUUUUUGACAUAUUUAUAACUUACAUGUGCAGUCGGAUAUUUUAGUGACAGUGUGCAGUUUUUGGUUAAUAUUAAAAAAUAUUAUAUUAAAAAAAGUGUUUUCUGUGCAGUUCACUCUGUUAAUGUGAUCAUUCAGACAUCUCCAUCAGUGUUUAUUAUGAAUGAUUAGUCAAAGCUCAAAGCCUCAGUGAACACUGUGAUAUGAAACCACCUGCCAACACAAACUGAAUUCCUGAGUAGCCAUCCUCUGGCUUUGU